AUUUCCAGCGUCGGAUUGCACACGACCUCUUUUGCUAUUCGCCGUUCCCACAGCACCCAGAGAGCCGUUGGUAGAACGACCUUUCCAACUGACCACGUUCAUCUCUGCUCUUCUCCCUCUAAUUUGCAAUGGUAAUCGUCGUUCGGCACACCGUAAUCUGGCUUUUGCUGCUCUCGCUACACGCGGCGGUCAACGUCGAAUCCUUCUCAAGCGUUGCGUCACAGUUUCGAUCCGGUUAUAAAAGUGCGAGGACAUUGUCUUCGCUGGACGCCAAGCCUCAACGAUUAAAAGAAAAUGUAGAUGGAGUUGUGUAUGUCAACGAUAAGUGCAUCAAUUGCGCCGCAUGUGCCGCUUUUGCUCCGGCGUCUUUUUCCCGCAGCAAUAGCGAUAAUGCCCACUUUGUUCAUCACCAGCCGGAAACCCUGGAUGAGAUUGAACAUGCCCGGGCUGCCUUAGCGGCCUGUCCGGUAGCAGCCAUUCGAGUCGAAACGUUGGCCGAACGCCGCCAUCGGGCAUCCACUCCGGAACAGAAACAGCUUAUCGAAGACGAUUGGACUGAGCAGGAGGAGUCUCUGGUCCGCAAAAUGGCAAUAAAUCCAGCAAGAAACGGACUACCCAAACCUUUUCCUAAACCGUUGUUAGGUCUUCCCAACGCGUACUGGGUGGGACACCAUAACGAAAGAUCCUUUGGAGGUGUUCCGUACUUGUUUCAGGCUUCAGUCGCUGGGAAAUCCAAAUGGAUCUUGGUGGACACACCCAAGUAUAGCAAGUCAUCGCUGGACGCAGUUGUUUCCGUAACGGGACCUGAAGGGCCGGACUAUCUCUUUUUAACACACGUGGACGAUACGGCCGAUCAUGGGAAAUGGGCCUCCCACUUUCCGUCACUGCAACGGAUUUUUCAUGACGGUGAUUUAGGAGAGCACAAUUGGUUGGGCGACGAGACACUGGCAGACGUAGAAAUUCUACUAUCAAAGCAGCCAAGGUCCGAUGAGACGGUCUUGACGGCCUAUCAAAUUGACGGAACUAUCUUGUCAGAGAAAUGGCAAGAUACAUUGGAGGAUGAUGUUGUCAUUUUGCACACUCCUGGACAUUCGCCAGGGAGUAUAUGCUUGUACUGGCGAUCCAACAAGCUUUCUAAGGAUCAGCACGACGGUGUUGUUUUUACUGGAGAUACAUACGGCUACACGACUCGGAACGGUGGACAAAUGACCGCAUUUCCUCGUUACGGAAAUAAUUUACGAACUCUGGCGAAUUCGCUGACGGGACUUUUGUCCUUGGAUUGGCAUACUAUUGCGCCAGGACAUGGGGAGGUGAGAGAUUAUUCUAAUCACAAUGGCUCGGCAGACGAUGUGAAGGAACUACAGCGGGCGGAAAUGCAAACUGCCGUGGAAGAAAUGAUGAGUUCCGGUCGAUGGUGAAUGCUCGAGACCGAAACUUUUGUAUCGUAACUUGGUGCGGUUUUUUCACUUUACCACAGGGCGAAACUCAAUUGUCAUCUCUUAACCGAAAGCCAACACAUAUUUACAUUGAUUGACAGCUACUUGUUGCGUAAAUACAGAGUGACUUCACAAACAGUAACACAAGCACAUAAAUGAUGCACAUUUGCACUCACAGUG